AUGCCCCUCACCACCAACUCCCUCUUCACGCCUCAGGCCCAGGAGUUCACCAAGUUUCCCAGCAGGCGAAGCGUCGUUCACAGCACCAAGGGAAUCGUCUCAUGUACCCAACCACUUGCGGCCAAAUGUGGUAUUGAGAUUCUGCAAGCUGGCGGCAACGCCGCAGUAAGUCUUUUGUCCCUUGUCGCAAUGUUAAUUACUGCCGGUCUGAACAUGACUGAGCCGUGCUCCACCGGCAUUGGUGGUGACAUGUUCAUCCUCUUCUACGACGCAAAGACCGGCAAGGUCUCUGCCAUGAACGGUUCCGGCCGCUCGGCCAAGAACGCCACUCUCGAGACCAUCCGCAAGGACCUCGGCGUCGCAGACGGCCAGCAGGGCAAGAUCCCCAUGAAGAGCGUCCACGCCGUCACCGUCCCCGGCGCCGCCGCCGGCUGGGUUGACACUAUUGAGCGCUUCGGCAGUGGCAACAUCUCUGUUGAGCGGGCUCUAGCUCCCGCUAUUGAGCUGGGUGAGAAGGGCUUCCCCGUCUCCGAGUUGACGAGUUACUACUGGAACCAAGCCGAGUCUCAAAUCAGGAGCGCCUCGCCCAACUUCGCAGAGAUGCUCAAGAAGGACCCCAAGGCCAAGGACGGCGUCAGGGCACCCAACCCCGGCGAGAUCAUGAAGAACCCCACCCUCGCCCAGACCUUCCGCACCCUGGCCAAGGAGGGCAAGAAGGGCUUCUACACGGGCCGCAUCGCAGAGGAGCUCGUCAAGGUCGUCAAGGACCUCGGCGGCCACCUCGAGCUCGACGACCUGGCCAACCACCUCGACCUGGGCAGCGAGCCCGUCGACCCCAUCUCGCUCAAGUUCAAGCCCGUCCUCAAGAACCAGGAGCAGACGAACGGCAACAGCGGCAACAGCGACUCUUCCUCCGCAGCCGGCGUCGAGCUCUGGGAACAUCCGCCCAACGGCCAGGGCAUCGUCGCCCUCAUGGCCCUCGGCAUCAUCCAGGAGCUGCAGGCUUCCGGCGCCGUCCCCGCCUGGUCCGCCGAGGAUCACAACACGGCCCCCUACCUUCACGCCAUCAUCGAGGCCCUCCGCCUCGGAUUCACCGACGCGAGCUGGUACGUCACAGACCCCAACGUCGUCAACGUGCCCUCGGCCGGCCUCAUCUCGCGCGAGUACCUCGCCGAGCGCGCCAAGCUCUACAACCCGGACAAGGCCACCGACAAGCUGCACCCGGGCGAGCCGCCCAAGUUCGUCUCGCCGGCGCUGAGCAGCAGCGACACCGUCUACUUCACCGUCUCCGACCAGCACGGGAACGCCGCCUCCUUCAUCAACAGCAACUACGGCGGCUUCGGCACCUGCAUCAUCCCCAGCGGCUGCGGCUUCACCCUCCAGAACCGCGGCGCCAACUUCAGCCUCGACGCGGACCACCCCAACAGGCUGGCGCCCCGCAAGCGGCCCUACCACACCAUCAUCCCCGGCAUGGUGACGAACCAGUCCGACGGGUCGCUGCACAGCGCCUUCGGCGUCAUGGGCGGCUUCAUGCAGCCCCAGGGCCACGUCCAGGUCCUCCUCGGCCAGAUCGUCGCCGGCCUGACGCCCCAGCAGACCCUCGACGCGCCGCGCGUCUGCAUCGUCGCGGGCCUGCCGGGCAGGGACGCCGACUUUGACUGGACGGUCAGCGUCGAGGAGGGCAUGCCCGAGGAGACCGUCGAGGGUCUCCGCAAGCUGGGACACAAGGUCGAGGUCGUCACCGGCGCCGAGAGGGGACUCUUCGGCCGCGGCCAGAUCAUCAGGUACCACGUCGACCCCGUCGAGGGCACCGGCGUGUGGUCGGCGGGCAGCGACAUGCGCGGCGACGGCGCGGCGUACCCGGCGUUGUAG